AUGGAAAGCAGCCCCGACUUCCUUCCAGAAUCGGAUGGAGACACAGAAGUGGAACUGCUGCCCAACCUCAAGCUUGCGGGCGUCACGGAGCCACGCCGACGCGAAAAACCCGUGUUGAAACCGCCCAAAACCGCAGAUGCAGAGAACAUUCCGUUACCUCCUUCUCCUCCCCCGUUAUCGUCUCCUUCGGAGAUUUAUUCGAAUCUGCUAAUCCUGGAGGAGUCUCUGAGACAGCAGUAUCUCAACCAGCGGCAAUCGCAGCGUAAGUACUCGACAUUUUACUUUGUUUUGCUGAGUUUGACGGCGUAUUUGGUCUACUCUCAGAUCUACCCUUCCAUUUAUUCCUACGUCUUCUUUUUCCAUCGCUUCUGUCUGAUUGCGGUUCUGUCAACUCUGGGACUGUUUCAUCUCUCUGGAAUGUACACCAAGAAACUGGUUUACCCAAGGAAGUUCAUAUACAACUCAAAUCGAGGUCUCCGCGGGUUCAAUGUCAAGUUGGUGAAAACGGGAGGCUACUUUUCGUCCACCGUUCAUUUGGUGCUGAAUACAAGGGUGUUUAGCACCGAGAACAUCGAGCAAUGGGAAGAAUACAGAUUGGGGUACUUUGAGAGAGAGAGAAAGAAGAAGAUCAAGGAAAAGAAGGAAAGGAAGGAAAGGAAGGAGCCUGUCCGCAGUUGA